CAGAGUCUUUAUUGUUAAUACAUUUUGUCAAUAAACGUGCAGUAGUGGGGAUGUAUCUCAGUUACGUCUUAUUCACGCACGAAGCCGUCAUGUGCUCCAUAUACAGCUAGAUCGAGAGCCCGCUCUUCAUUAUAUAUUUCAAAAUUUGGAUGACUGGUGGCAUAUAUUUUCGCAUACUGGCGCCAUUAGUAUGAUUAGUUAAACGUCAGGCUAUUGCAGAUGCACCAUUUAAAGAUACAUCAUGAGGGAAAUAGAUUGAAUUUCAUCGCGUUACGUUGAGCAAGCUCAUGAUACUGGUGUUAUUCGGCUGUAAAUGAGCAGAUCUUCAUGUAGACAACAACCAUAACAUCAACAGAUUGCUCCACAAUGGACAACCGUUCCGAAAACGAUGACGGUCCGAAGGAGAAAUCAUCUCCGAGGUCGUCACCGAGUUCGUCGGCAAGGAACUAUUCGAGGACCUUCAAACAGUUCGUGAGCGAUGUCCGUGUGAAGUUAAAGCUCCGAGGUUUGGAGGAGAUCAACGAUGACCAUUAUCUACACAGCAUGGCAUCGGCAAUCAGGAAAGGGCUCCAAGCAACCAGUAGGAAUGACCAACAAGAAAAUCAUGAGGAAUGUCUGGAAGAUGGGGAUUAUUGCGAAUUUGACGAACGAUUGAUCACCAUAGAAACCAAAACCAAGGAAGCUGUAUUCAGAUGCUACGCACCUAAAGUCUUCGGAGAUCUAAGGACCAUGCUGGGUAUUUCAUGUCGAGAAUACAAUGAAUGUCUUGAAAAAGAACCGUACCUACAGUAUAAAAGCAAUUCAAGAAGUGGACAAAUGUUCUUCAUGACCAAUGAUAAGAGAUACUUUCUGAAGACAGAAAGCAGAAAAGACGUCAAAGUUCUACUUCGCAUUCUCCCUGAUUACGUCACGCAUCUUACGAAAUACCCUCACUCACUACUUGUUAGAAUACAUGGACUUUAUUUUUUCAAGCUGCCGGGAAAGAAAGGAAAAUUCUUCACUGUGAUGCAGAGUGUAUUUCCACCAGAAGAGGGAAAUAACAGGUAUGACAUCAAGGGUUGUGUGUUGAACCGGUACGUGAAGCCAGAGAAAGCUGGAAGCCAAUAUGUUACCGUCUUGAAGGAUGUCAACUUUGGUGAUCAAAAACUGCACCUCCAGAAUCAGAGGGAAUGGUUUUUACGACAGGUUGAUGCGGAUGUCGAGUUUCUGAAGCAAUUUAACAUAAUGGACUAUAGUCUUCUGAUCGAACAGAGAGCUCUCCACUCCGUCGAACAAGCGAACGGUGGAGAUCUGGCUGACUUGGUCAUCAGGGUCAGAAAGUCAACACGAAAAAGAAGAACAAGACCUACGAUUGAUGUCAUUAAUAACCACCAGAGACCUUCAUCAACGACAGGCUCCAAUGCAGGAAGUACAGCCCUGGAUGACACGGUUGAACUUCCAGGAACGGUAAGUUGUUCCGGAGAUCCUUCCCUCGAUGACGACAUCCCCGAUAACCAUGGAACCAACGUCCAGUACAACAAGAAUGUGAAAGGAAACCAGGAGAUGUCCAAAGAACUAGAAGACUUCGAGCUGGGACGAGUCCACAGUGACUCUUACAAGGCAACCGCAGAGGGCGCUUCGUCACAGACAACGCUUCAAGAACACAACCAAAGACUCCUCCCAAACGUACACAAUGCCAUCCACGUUGUUGAUGGUGAAAAGGAUCGUUACUUUGUUGGAGUGAUAGACAUUCUUGGUCAAUAUACGUUGAAGAAGAGGAUGGAAACCAUGCUGAAGUCAUGCCUUGCUCCAAGGACGCCGUUCUCUUCGGUAAAUUCCGAAAAAUAUGCCAAACGAUUUAAGGAUUACAUAGCCGCGCAUACAGAAUAAAGGUACGAAAUCGCCCAUAAUCAGGUUUUACAUACAACGGCAUUGUAUAUGUUUCACUCAGCUCUUUUUUUUUAAAAUCAAAACGAUGAUUAAGCGAGAAUAUAAUGUGACUGAGGAUGGAAUGAUAAAUAAAUCCUCUUUAUCAUAGAAUCUGUCAAAAUUUUUAUCUCGAUCAAGCAAAAGGUAUAUCACAUAGAGCAGAUGACAAUAACAGAACAUUUUGUCAAACUAUUAAAAGUACGACCUUUCUUGUUGGAAAUGAUGAUUGUAACGACUUCGCCACACUUAAAAACUUAUUAAAAUAGAAUUUAUUGUCAGACCAUUUUGACUAGUAUGUCUCGUAAGUAAAAGGCAAAGUAUUUUUAACAAAUGUGAUUGCUGUGCUGUGCGACAAUACUUCCCAUAUUUCCCCUCUGUUUAGCAACUCAUUCUGCGAACGAUGUGAAUUACUUCAGUUAUCAUGACCUAUAUUAGGUUUUGCGUUGUUGAGAAUAAUUUGUUUUUAUUCAAAUAAGAAUGUUCAAAUGUUUUGUUGUCGUGGAGUUAACUUGAAUCAGGUGUGUUGUAAUGAUCAGUGUGUAUAAACUUCGUGUGAUUAUCAAGUUCUACUUCCUCUCUUUAAUUGCGAAAAGGGAAAAGGUUUGCCCAGUAUUGCGUUAAGUCUGGAAAGUCAUUUCUGUUGUUUAAUUUCCUUAUAAAACAGCGUAUGAAGUUAGCAACACACUUUGUAUUACAUUUUAUUCGCAGUUUUGUGUGGAAAUUCGUCCAUGAGACACAAGUUUUAUCCGAUAUUUUACCCAAAAAACUUUUAUUUUUUCUUUAACGAAUAAUAUAAGAUCCUAUUAGAGCCAAGGCCUUUUUAAUAUAUGAGUUUUACUAGCAGUAUAGGUGCAAGCUGCAGCUCAGUUCUCAGCAUAAUCUGGUAUUGCAAAUUCCAUUUUCAUUUUGAUAUGCAGCUCAAUAGUAUUUUAAAAAAUGGUGCAAUCAAUCGAAAGUAUACAGGCCUUCAUCUAUAAGUUUGUAAAUGAUAUUUUGCAUGUUUUGUGUCAUAUUAUUUAACUUAUUU